AUGAGAAAAUCAUAUAUUAAAGUUACGAUUUUGCUAAUAUUAAGUAGUUUAACAAUUGUAUAUUUAUAUUCCAAAGUUAGUCAUAACACGAAAUAUGGCCAAAAUACGCUGCCGAACGAAUUCAGGGUUCUUAGUAAAGAGACGGAGAAAACUAUUCUAUCGUUUGUAGUUUGUGAUUCGAGAUUCAAUGAGUCUCUAAAUGUAGUGAAGUCUGCUCUACUCUUUACUCGAGCUCCUAUACACUUUGUGAUAUUUGCGGAUGAUAGCUUGAGACCACGAUUCAAUGAAACUUUAACAAGAAUGAGACGUUUAACUAAUAACCAAUUAGAUUUCGAAUUACACAAAGUAAGCUUUCCUGAAGAACAUGCUGCGGAUUGGAUGAAUUUAUUUAGCAAAUGUGCAGCUCAGAGAUUAUUCAUACCUAAACUACUACCUCAUAUAGAUGCAAUGAUAUAUGUGGAUACAGACACAUUAUUUCUAGGUCCUGUGGAAAAACUGUGGAAUUUUUUCUCACAUUUUAAUAAUUCACAAAUAUCUGCAAUGGCAUUAGAGGAUGAUAAUCCCAAUGUAUCUUGGUAUCCCAGAUUUGCGAAACAUCCAUUUUAUGGAAAAUAUGGUUUAAAUUCUGGUGUGAUGCUCAUGAACUUGACAAGAAUGCGAACAUUUGGCUGGGUAGAAUAUGUCACUCCUAUAAUGUUAAAAUGGAAAUUGUACAUUCCAUGGGGUGAUCAGGAUAUAAUUAACAUAAUAUUUCAUUAUCACGAGCGCGCAGUAUUUGUGCUGUCGUGUCGGUAUAACUACCGCUCAGACCAGUGCAUGUACGGAGACGCGUGCAACGAUGCUACUUCGCGCGGUAUUUUCUUGUUACAUGGCAGUCGCAAGGCAUUCCAUAAUGAUAAACAGCCGGCUUUCCAGGCAAUUUACCGCGCGAUCGACGAGUACGAGGUUGGUACGGACCCGUCUAAGACUUUGAUCCAAAGUAUGAGCAAAUACUUCGACGCAGCGGCUCCGUCUAAUUGUGGAAAUUUAAGAGAUGCUUUUUUGAAAGUUCCCGUUGAAACGUUUAGUAAUUUAUACCCGAUACCUGAUAGAUAG